UUUCGAACUUAACUUUUUUUUUAAUUAAUUUUGAGGAGCUCGUUAUUAUUUAGCUACAAAUCCUUGAAAUUAUAAAAAAAAAUUAAUAAAUAAAUAAAAAAAAUACCGAAAGACUUUUUGUAAUAUAAAUUAAAUAUUUAGAAAUGAAUGGUGUAGCAAAUGAUUCAAAUGGGCAGGCCAAUGGUGUUAAAAAGACUUCGACUCAACUACAGAUAAUUGACGAAAACCAGCAUUUUACACAAGAAUUGUCACAGUCUAUGAAAGAUGAAUGGCAUUUAGCUGAUUCCGGAUUUAAUUAUAAUCUGGUAGCAGUCUUUGGUUCACAGAGUACUGGAAAGAGUACUUUGUUAAAUCGACUUUUUGGUACUAAUUUUGACGUAAUGAGCGAAUCUGCUCGCCGUCAAACUACAAAAGGUAUUUGGAUGAGCCGUGGUAAGGACAUGAAUGUUUUGAUCAUGGAUGUCGAAGGUACAGAUGGUCGUGAACGUGGCGAAGACCAGGAUUUCGAAAGGAAAAGUGCAUUAUUUUCAAUGGCUACUUCCAAUGUAAUUAUUGUAAAUCUUUGGGAACAUCAAGUUGGUCUAUAUCAAGGUGCGAAUAUGGGUCUAUUGAAGACCGUUUUUGAGGUUAACUUACAAUUAUUCCAAGCAGCAAGAGGCAAAGAGAAGACGUUGCUACUUUUUGUAAUUAGAGACCAUGUUGGAGCAACUCCAUUAGCAAAUUUGGCUAAUACAUUAACAGCCGAUCUUGACAGAAUUUGGCAGAGCGUUUCUAAACCUGAGGGUUUGGAAAAUUGUUCCAUCAAUGACUAUUUCGAUUUUAUGUUUACAGCAUUACCACAUAAGCUGCUCUUACCAGAGAAAUUUGAAGAAGAAGUAAUUAAAUUGCGAGAACGAUUUGUAAAUCAGAAUCAUAAGGAUUUUGUUUUCAAGCCAAACUAUAGUAAACGAGUACCUGCUGAUGGAUUUCAUGUUUACGCAGAAGGAAUUUGGGAUCAAAUUAUGUCCAAUAAGGAUCUUGAUUUACCGACGCAACAAGAACUUCUUGCACAAUACCGCUGCGAUGAAAUAGCGACGGUUGCUUUUGAAGCAUUUUUGGGAAAAAUAAAAGGAUUUCGACAACCCAUUGAAGCUGGAAAAAUCAUAGAAGGUUUAGGCCCACAAAUGGAAGAAAUCCGAAAUACGACAAUAAAGCAAUUUGAUAAAGAUGCAUCUCGAUAUCAUUCGGAUGUAUAUAAACGUAAACGUAAUGAAAUACUUAACAAAGCAAAUUCACAAUUACACGCAUUUUAUUUGGGUCAAUUGAAGAAUCUCAGCAAGAAAGCUAUUACCAUGUUCAACUCUCGUAUUCAAGAAAAAUUAAAAGGUGAAGGAUACGAUUUUGCCGAGGUGGUACUUAAUGCUCGUAAUGAGGUUGAAGAUUACUUUAAAAAGAAUGCAGAAUCAAUUGUUUUGACUGAAACUGACUGGACUUAUGACGAAGAAAUUACUCAGUUACAAGAAGGCAUCGAUGAAAUUGCUGCCAAAUCAAGAAUUGAAGAAACUAAGAAAAUGAUAAACGGGUUGGAAAAAGCAUUCCAGGCACAAAUAAACGAGUUUGUUACUUUAUAUUUUAAAUCGCCAACUCCGGAUAUGUGGACGAAAAUUGUUAAUAAAUUUCAAGAAGUUCUUGAUAAGACCGAACAACAACUUUUAAAGAAAGCAAAGAGCUUUAAUUCUUCUGAGGAAGAGAAUGCUAAAUCUGUUGAGAAUCUUCGAAAACGAUCUUGGCAACAGUUACGAAAGAAAAUAGAUGAUGAACUUGCUGAUAAUAUGUUUUUACUUAAAUUACGUGAAAGAUUUGAAGAAAAAUUCAGAUACGAUGAUGAAGGGUUACCAAAAGUUUGGAAACCCGAAGAUGAUAUCGAUGCACAUUUCAGAAAAUCCAGAGAUGAUGCACUUAAACUGAUACCACUAUUUGCAAAGAUUCAAAUUGAAGGUAUAGAGUUAGAUAUUCCAUCAGAUGAAGAAUUUGAUUUCAAUGAAUCUUUAAUCAUUCUUUCUGAAACAAGACAACAUGAUUUGACUGUUCGUUUCAAACGUGAGUCUGAUGCCUUCUAUCUUGAAGCUAAACGAUCCGUUGUUGCAACGACAGCUCGUGUACCAUAUUGGGUAUUACUUUUACUUGUCGUGCUUGGUUGGAAUGAAUUCGUGACAAUCAUCACAUCACCAGUUUAUCUUGUACUUUUUUCAUUUGUCGGAUUCGUUGGUUAUAUAAUCUGGUUAUUAAAUUUAUUUGGACCUGUAGAAUCAUUCUGUCGUAUGAUAGGUACAGAGAUUGUUAAACUUGGUUCAGAUAAAGUUCGUAGUAGUUUACAGGGAGGAUCAACAGGCGAAAAGUUGAGUCAAUAUAUCGGAGGAGAAUCUAAGAAAGAACAAUGAUUGUAAUUAGAAUUUAUAAAACAUCAUUUAUUUCAAAAAUUCGGUUUAAAAUUUCGUGUGUAAUUUUUAUUUAUUUAUUUAUUUUUUUUUUUUUUUGUGCA